AAGAUUUGAGUCUGAUCAAAAAAAAAAGACAAAGAUUAGAGUCGGAGAGAGAGAGAGAGAGGACAAAAAACCGGAAAAAUAAAAUGGCUGGGGGAGGGAGACCGUGGUCCGAUACAAUCCCACUGCUGGACUCAUCCACCCGAUUCUCCUCCGUCGAAAUGGCAACCGCCGUUCCCCUCCACGUCCCCCGCCGCUCCGUCUUCCUCGGCGUCGACGUCGGCACCGGCAGCGCUCGCGCAGGUCUGUUUGAUGAGGAUGGAAAACUUCUAGGUUCUGCUAGCAGCCCAAUACAGAUAUGGAAGGAAGGUGAUUGUGUUGAGCAAUCUUCAACUGAUAUUUGGCAUUCAAUCUGUGCUGCCGUAAAAUCAGCGUGUGCCCUUGCAAAUGUAGCUGGGGUAGAAGUAACGGGUCUGGGAUUUGCAGCCACUUGUUCACUCGUUGCUGUGGAUUCUGAAGGCUCCCCUGUGUCAGUUUCUUGGAGUGGUGAUUCAAGAAGAAAUGUGAUAGUAUGGAUGGACCAUAGAGCUGUAAAGCAGGCUGAGAGGAUCAAUUCAUAUAAUUCAACUGUGCUACAGUACUGCGGUGGGGCUCUUUCCCCUGAAAUGCAACCGCCUAAGCUUUUAUGGAUGAAAGAAAAUUUGCAAGAAUCCUGGACGAUGGUAUUUAGAUGGAUGGAUUUGAGUGAUUGGUUGUCAUACAGAGCAACAGGAGAUGAUACUCGGAGUUUGUGCACCACCGUGUGCAAAUGGACCUAUCUUGGUCAUGCACACAUGCAGCAAAUCAAGGAGAAAGACUCCAGAGAUAUGGAAGCUUGUGGAUGGGAUGAUGACUUCUGGGAGGAGAUUGGCUUAGGUGAUCUGGUGGAUGGACAUCAUGCUAAGAUAGGACGAAGUGUAGCUUUUCCUGGCCAUGCUUUGGGUUCUGGUUUAACACCUACUGCUGCGAAGGAAUUGGGUCUGGUAGCUGGAACUCCUGUGGGAACUUCGCUGAUUGAUGCUCAUGCUGGUGGUGUUGGGGUGAUGGAAAGUGUGCCUGUGUCAGAUCCCGAAGGCAAUUGCUGUUCUUUGGAUGAGGAAGCAAUAUGCCGUCGCAUGGUUUUAGUCUGUGGAACUUCUACCUGUCACAUGGCUGUAUCCAGAAGCAAGUUGUUCAUCCCAGGGGUCUGGGGACCAUUUUGGUCAGCAAUGGUUCCUGAGUAUUGGCUGACAGAAGGUGGUCAGAGUGCUACUGGUGCAUUGUUGGAUCAUAUAAUUGAAAACCAUGUUGCGUCUCCUCGCCUUGCAAAUCGUGCUGCUACUCAAGGUAUAUCCCUGUUUCAACUACUUAACAAGAUUUUGGAAUCAAUGAUGCAUGACAUGGGAUCUCCUUUUCUUGCUGCUUUGACUGAUGAUAUACAUGUCCUUCCUGACUUCCACGGAAACAGGUCUCCCAUUGCAGACCCAAAGGCGAAAGGUAUUGUCUGUGGAUUGACCCUUGACACAAGUGAAAAACAGUUGGCUCUUCUUUACCUUGCCACAGUGCAGGGUAUUGCAUAUGGUACACGUCACAUCGUGGAGCACUGCAAUGCACAUGAGCACAAGAUUGACACACUACUUGCAUGUGGUGGACUUUCGAAGAACCCUAUUUUUAUUCAAGAGCAUGCAGAUAUCAUUGGUUACCCGAUUAUUUUGCCUCGAGAAAGUGAAUCUGUGCUCUUGGGUGCUGCCAUUCUUGGUGCUGUUGCUGCAAAAAAAUAUUCUAGUCUCAGCGAGGCUAUGAAGGCACUCAAUGCAGCUGGACAGGUUGUCCAUCCAUCAAAUGAUCCAAAAGUGAGGAAGUACCAUGACGCCAAAUACCGUAUCUUCCGUGAACUGUAUGAGCAACAACUUUCCCAUCGUUCAAUUAUGGCUCAAGCUUUGGCAUAGUUUAUGAAGUCAUCGGUUUCAUAGUCAUGCACGAUCCAGCAAGCUACACUUUUCAAAUGCUUUCCUCGCACAAAAAAAAAAAAAGGAAGAAAAAUAAGUAAAGAAUUUGUUCAAUUAUGCAAAAGUUGAUUUUAGUUUUGCACAAGCCACAAGUACAGUGCAUCUACUUCAGUUACUCCCUCGGGCUUUUUUUUGUUUGAAGUUUAAGUGUAGUGUACAGCUAUUCCCAUACUUAGUUCAUCUCAAGCCGAACAAGAUCAAAGAACAACUCCUUUGCAUCCA